AUGAAGUCACAAUCUUCUGUAAAUUUAACCUUUGUUCGUCCUGCGACCUUUUUCAUUAAUGGCUUUUCUGAUGUCCCACAUGGAAAGUAUUAUUAUGUGUUCUUGUGUUUGGUGUACGCUGUUACUGUUUUUGGGAACUCUUUUAUCAUGUAUAUCAUCUACUUGGCUCGCAGACUUCACACGGCCAAAUACGUCGCUGUGUUUCACUUGGCUUUAUCUGAUCUCUGCGGAAGCUCUGCGUUAAUUCCAAGACUCAUCGAUAUGUUUUUCUUCAAUCAUCAAGAAGUUUUAUAUGAGGCCUGCUUGGCGAAUAUGUUUUUUAUAUAUCAUUUCAUGAACAUGCAGUCUUUAACACUACUUGCUUUGGCUUAUGACAGACUGAUCGCUAUUUGUUUUCCUUUGAGGUAUAAUUCCAUUGUAAGCAGAACAGCCAUGUGUCUGGUAAUAGCGGUUAUGUGGAUGUUUUCUGUGACAUAUUUCUCUGUAUAUGUAAGCUUUGUGAAUAGACUGUCUUUCUGUAAAACGAAUGUGGUCGAUAGUUAUUAUUGUGAUCACGGUCCCAUCUACAGACUAGCUUGUAAUGAUAAUUCCUUAAAUGUUUUGAUCAUGAAAAUUACCUUUGGUCUCUUGAUCUGUCUGCCGCUGAUACUGAUAGCCAUUUCAUAUCUAUGUAUAUGUUUGGCAUUGAGUAGAAUUGCACACGGUGGUGACCGGAAAAAAGCCUUGAAAACUUUAACUUCACAUCUUAUUUUGGUGGCCCUUUUUUAUCUCCCGACAUUAAGCCUUAAUGCUCUAGGUUUUACCACACCCAUUCAUCCAAACGCCCGGAUCAUUAACAAUUCCCUGACACAGACGAUACCGCCAAUGCUGAAUCCCAUCAUAUACACUUUAAAGACAGAAGAGGUCAUGCAAUCCAUAAAAGAACUGUACAAACGCAACAAGGUGAAUGUUACUACAGAAAAAAAAGAUCAAAUGCUUUCAUAG